CACAAUCCAAAAAGAGAGAGAUAAGGGAGCUGCCGCAAGGAGAAUUCCAGUAAGAAGGUCUUCUUGUUCGACCCAUAUCUUGAGUUUUACUCAUCCAAUAAGGUUGUGUGAUGUAUCCAAUGAAAUCUAUAGAAAAGAGGAAUCCAUGGACGUGUGGUUUGAAGAAAACAGAGCAGUUUAAGGCCUCCAAAUCCUUCGAACAAAACUCAACCUCGCAGAAUACGUUUUUGGUAUUCAAAGUUGAGGCUAGAGCUUGCUACCUGUGCUUGUUGAUCGGGCAAUCAUCUCGGAGGGAAGACUUGGUUCGUGCUUGCUCCAUUCUGUUUUUGAACAUUUUAAACAUGCUCAUGGAUAUUUUCACUAUAGAGCCUGCGUGCUCAUGCUUGCCCCAUGUGGCAUUUGUUUUUAGACUAUGUUUUCCGCUGUGUAUUAAAUUACUUAUUAUGUAUGUUUAUGAAUGACUUAUGUGUGAAUAAUAUUCAAGACGUCUUG